GGCGAGCAGCGAAGUGACUCGUUAUCGUUCACUCAGUUCAAAUCUUUUUGCCAACACUAGUAGAUUAAUAACUUUGCCGUGCUUAGCUUGUGACAGACAUUUUUGAAUAUUAUUUUUAAACAAUUGUUUCUGCUUCAAUAUGAUACCCAGAGGCAGUAUGACAAAGGAUGGCAAGCCGUUGCCGUACCGGCACACGGCGCCACGGAACAACCGUCACAAUAAGCACAGGAAGCCGAAGAAGCAAGUCUCUGAAGACGAGGAGAGCGAAGACUCUCCAGUGGAGGAGCAGCCCCAGGAGGAACAGCAACGCAGCCCCUCACCCAUGCAGGAGGAACCCACUGUGCGGUUACCUGAAGAGGUACUGAAAGCUCUGUACAAGACACCAGGCGUGCUGAUGAUAGCUGGUCUGGUCUCAUGGGACCUGGUCGCGCGCCGCGACAACAACCCCACUAAGAGGACGCAUCCCAACCUUUACACCUUCCACAAAUUUACUGAUCGCAAGUACCGGUUCAUUGCCAGUAGCUGUUCUGCUGGCCACUCAGUGCUGGUGGAUGAACAUGGAGAGGUGUACACUUUUGGUCGUAACACUUGCGGUCAGCUUGGAUUUGGAGACACGGUGACCCGCAAUGUGCCGGAGCCGGUCCCCGCUCUGCGCGGCAAAAACAUCAUCCACGCCGCCGUCGGACGACACCACACGCUUUUUGUUACAGAUACGGGUACCGUGUACGCUUGCGGCGACAACAAGUGCGGUCAGUGCGGCAUCGGCAACACUACGCCUCAAGUGCUGAAACCCACUCGAGUGCGAUACAGGCAAGUAAAAUAUGUAUUACGUUAUAAUGGUGCUCCAGUUGUGAAGGUUGGCUGCGGUGCUGAGUUCUCCAUGAUCCUGGACUGUAAUGGAGCCUUGCACUCCUUCGGACUGCCUGAGUAUGGCCAGCUCGGUCACAAUACCGACGGCAAAUACUUCGUGACCUCAACGAAGCUGUCUUUCCACUUCGAAACCGUACCGAAGCAUGUCGCCCACUUCUUUGAAAAGACCAAGGAGGGCCACAUCAACAUCGUCAAGGACGUGGCUAUAGACUCGAGGAAGCGUGCCUACAGCUGGGGUUUCGGUGGGUUUGGUCGACUGGGUCACGCCGAGCAGAAGGAUGAGAGCGUGCCGCGUAUGAUCAAGUACUUCGAGUCGCAGUCGCGCGGCUGCAAUAGUUAUACUAUGUUCACAGGCGGACUCUUCCUGUUUGGUCAGACUAAGCGCACAGGCGAGGCGAACAUGUACCCAAAACCAGUGCAGGACCUAAGUGGCUGGAAUAUUCGCAGCGUGGGCACCAGCAACACUUCGAUCGUGAUCGCAGCGGACGACUCGCUCGUUGCCUGGGGCGUGUCACCCACCUAUGGGGAACUGGGCACAGGCGACAUCAACAAGUCGUCGGCGCGCCCCAAGGAAGUGACUCGUAUGGACGGGCUGAACAUUACUCAGGUCACUAUGGGGUACUCUCACACUCUGCUCCUCUGUGACGACGCUGGCGAGGAGGUCAAGGCCAAGCUCGCUUCGAUGCCUACCUUCAACCCAUAACUGCCUCAACUAGAACAACACUAAACGAACCACACUAAGGGACGACAUUCAAUGUAACUAAUUGUCCACAAGCUAAGAACAAUUUUCUAUACUGAUUAUCAUAGAUAAGCAUUUAAAUUUUCAAGUUUACUAUUGUCACCUUAAGCAUGCCUUUACUGUAUUAAAGAAGUAGUAAUGUCGCCUCUUAGUCCUUACUGACCGUUUUUGUUGAGAUUGGGACACGAUCUACGACUUUCAAAUCCGGCAAUAGUAUUAUUAUUGAUUGUCAUAAUACUAUAUGAAACGUUUUUCUCCCGCUCUCAACAAACACUCGCUGCCACAUGCGAUAGCCGGCCUAUUGAAGUUUCAUCGUAAUAUAUAAUUUUGAAGUCGAUUAUGAUUGUUGUCCAGUAGGUAUCAUAAUUUCUAACUAGUAAGAUUGUAUUGUUUUAUAAUUUUGUAAUGGUGUUAGUUGCAAUUUAACUUGAACUUUGAAUCUAUCGAUAAUGAAUGAUUUCCCAACAUGUUACUUUGUAAUUCGUUUUAACUGUUGUCUCAACUUCCGUCUGCUAGAUAAUUGACUGCAUAUAGAUUUUUUAUAGUUGAAAUGUUAAUAUUAUACGCUAUUGAAUGUUUGCUUUCCGAUUGUCGAACAACCUGUCUUAAUACAAAUAUUACCUGAAAUCGAUUUUAUAGGGAAACUACAAUAGUUUCAAUGCGACAUGAAGAUACUGCAUUGAGUGCAGUGAUUCUUAAAACUAGAAUCAAGAGAAGCUCUUGUAUCCAAGUCUAGCAAUCUCGGUACAAGUUAGCUUGCAGUUUCCAGCCUUAGCAGGGUU